ACACCACAACGCGUCUGUGAUUUAAUUUUUAAUUGGUUUUCAAAACCCUAGAAACCCUAGAUCUCGAGGAAGACGACGAUGUCGGGGCAGCAGGAGGAGGAUAAGAAGCCGGCCGGCGAUCAGUCGGCGCACAUCAAUCUCAAGGUCAAGGGUCAGGAUGGGAACGAGGUUUUCUUCAGGAUCAAGCGCAGCACUCAGCUUCGGAAGCUGAUGAACGCAUACUGUGAUCGGCAAUCAGUGGAUUUCAACUCCAUUGCUUUCCUGUUUGAUGGGCGUCGGCUUCGCGGGGAGCAGACCCCAGAUGAGCUGGAAAUGGAAGAUGGGGAUGAAAUUGAUGCCAUGCUGCACCAAACCGGUGGUGGUGUUGUUGGUGGUCUGACUGAAGUUUAGGUUUUACAUUUUAGUUGAGAUAUUUAGUGGUGUGAAUGCAAAGUGGGCCUUUGUAGAGUGAAAUGACCAGCACUAUUCUGGAUAGACAUGGAAUUAGAGAUUCUAUAUGGUUUUAACUUUGUUCGACUCUUGUGUCAUUUUCUGUUCAAUUUGGACACACUUGCAAUCAUGUGUGCGAUGUUUAUUCCUGCCUUUUCCU